AAGUAUUAGAAAUAUACUUACCUACCUACAUAGGUUGAUAUUUAGUAGAAAAUUUACAAAUAAAUGAGAAAUUACAAACAUAAUUGCUCAAAAAUUCAAAGCUUUGGAUAGCUGAAUAGCAUGGUUUAAAUAAAUGAUGAGAUCCCUUAGUUAUCUUACAAAGAAAGAAAGCUGUAGAACCUAAAAUUUAUAGCAAUGGCUGAGUAAACUACUAAGUAAAAAGAUCAAAAGUAUUAAUAGUAAUUGCUAGAAUAUUAUAAUUAGCAUAAAGAUUUCAAAUUGAAGCAUAUUUACAAAGAUGUUGAAAACACAAUAAAUUAAAGGAAAGAUUUUUUAUUGCCCAAACUCUAGCUAGAAAAAAUAAAUUUAAUUCCGCCUCCAUAAGAUCUACAAACAUCACCUAGUAAGAGAAGAAAGAGAUAAUAUCAUUAUUUUGUCAAAAAUCCUAUUUCUAACUCAAUAAACCUCAAAGACUUAAGCACUAGAAGUAGCCAUUUUAACAAUAGCUAAUAUAUGAAUGAUAAAUUAGAUUAAACUGCUACUUAGAAGGAUUAAGUGUUUAAUUAACAUUCAAAAAAAUAGUUAGUUUUAAAUGAGCUAAACAAGCUUACUCAAGGACAAAUGAAAAUAAAUAAAAAAAUUUAAUUUAUUGAUAGCAAAAUAAAUGCAAUAAACGAAAGUGAUUUAUCUUCUGAAGAGUAAAAUCAGCAGCUACUGGAGACCUAAAAAUCAACUAUUUAGAGAUAAACUACUUAAGAAAAUGAAGAUAUCAAUUCAGAGGCAAUAAGAUAUAAUUUUACUUUUAGAGGCUCAGUUCAACAUAAUAAUAAUGAAGAUCAAUCGCCAAGCUAUAAAAGUAAAAUAAAUAGUUCCUUUUAGAAAGACAAAAUAGAGAAAGAAGAGAGCUCAUCUUCAGGUAAUAGUUCAUCUUCUUCAGAUGAUAGUGAGCUUCUUGAUUAAGAUGAUGGAGAAAAUCUAGAUACUGUUUCUUAAAAUCGAGAUAGUCUCUAGUCUAAUGCAAGUACUUAAAGUCAAUAAAAAUUAAAAAUGAUUUCAUAAAGAUUAUCAAUGCAGCAGUUUAUUAACAGCUAGAAUGCCUUAAUAAAAGAUUCUCAAAUCAAAGUCAAAUUAAAAAAAGUGGAUUAAAUAAAUGAAAAUAAAUAAAGUGAACAAGAAUAAAAUAAUUUUUCGUAAUAAAAAUAAACAAUACCUAAAAGUAUUUAUUAUAAGAACAAUGUUAUGGAAAACAAACCUCAGUAAAAUAUUUAACAAAAUAAUCAUUAGUAGCAUCAUUCACAGCCUGAAGGAUUUUCAAUAAACAACUCUGUAAUAAAUAGGAUGUUAAGAAGAUAAGCAUCUUAAGCUGUAAAAGAUCAUAAAGAAACUGCCUAGUAAAAUAACAACGGAUAGAUUGAUGAUUAGUAUUCUAUAGAAAACGAAAUAUCAAUAGACGAAUAUAGCAAAAUUAAAUAUAGAGAGAGACUAAAAAGUUUAACAGGGAAAUAAUUAGAAGAAAUAUAAAAAAUGUUGGAUUUUAAAAUGAAAUCACCAAAAAAAAGAUAGAGUGUGAUAUAAUAAGAAAAAAUUUAAACACUUAAUAAAAAGGAAUAAAAAGUCUAGAAGGAGUUAAAAAUUAACCAUAAAAAGCUCUAUCAUAUUGCAUUAAAAGUAAAAAAAUCCAAUUAACUUGAUGAUGAAUACAAAGAUAUAUCUGUCUUUAAAAGAAAUUUAGGCUACAGCUUGCCUAUAAUUCACACACUUAAAUAUUUUGAUGUAAACUCAGGACAAUAUAAAUAACUUUUAGGUAGAUCAUCGUUCAACGAGGAAGUAUAGCCAGAAUAUAACGAGUAUUAUCAUAUGUUAGAAAGUGAUAGCAAUGUCGAAUUAAAUAGUGAAUUAUGA